UGGAAAACUCAUGCUUUCAAACCAGUGUGGGGAUACUCACAAAUUAUUAAAGAAUGCGCCACUCUCUAUUGUUGCUGUCCGUCUAUGGCAGAGAUGGUCCCAUACUUGCAAGCCUAUUGUACUUGUCAAAACCUGUGAUCUUGCUCAGCUCAUGCUGUUGAGGAUGAUAACGAGGCCAACACUGAAAACAAACCUCAAACUGAUUCUCCCAUCUGUGAACAGAAGCAAGCUGAAAAAGUGAUCACCGAUAUUCAGCAAGAUAAGGAGAGCCUGAACUGAGUAGAUAAGACUGUAACUCAGAACAAAGACCACUCUCGGAUAAGCGAGAAUGCAGAAGAAGAAAGCAAAGUCCCUGCUGCCACAAGAAUCUUCAGCAACCGCAGAAGGCGUUCUUCAAGACUCGACAUCAGAGCCAGGCUCAUCAGACUCAGAACAAAGAUCCAGAAUGGGCGGGUCACUGGGUUUCAGAGCUCCAGAAAGAAGACCAGAGGAACUACUGACACAAACUUAGGAAGGAGGUCUCAGUACAUUGGAGUGUCCAAAAACAACGCCAACUGGCAAGCCCUCAUCAACCAAAGAAACACUAAGAAAUAUAUCGGAACUUUCACCGAUGAACUCGAAGCUGCCAGGACCUACGACCUGUACGCAAUG